CACCAUAAAACAAAAAGAAGAAUAAGAAACUGAAGAGGUAGCGUGGCUUCUCUGCAACUCAAUUUCCAAGUUCCCACUUCCAAACAUUGCACACUCAAAACUCUGCAAUCAUGGAUUUUGUGUCUCUGUUCUUGCCCUUUUUCCUUGUGAAGAUUGUCCUCAAAUUAAAGUACCCAAAUAACAUGAUCAUGAGGCGUCUCUUCCAAGCAACAUUCCACUACUACCAUCCCUAAUCCAUUCCUCAUCAAACUCUUACUUUAUCUAGCUUUCCACUAUUCUAAACAAAAUUCAGUUCCUUCCUUCUUCCUUUGCUUUCUUCUUCUUUUUUUUUUUUUUAAACACCCAAUCAUACCCCACAUAUUUAGCUGUAAAUAUAUACACAUUCUAGGUCUUUUGUGCCCUAUUUCAUGCCACCAUGAAUCAUGGACAUUCAAAUUAGAGAAUAAAGUUUCCAUUUUUUUUUCAACAACUUACAGAACUCAUAAUUCAGAAAUUGAAUCGUGGGGAUUCAAAUUAGAAAAUAAAGUUUCCUUUUUUCCCCAAUUUGUAGUACCCAAAACCCAGAAUUGAGACAUGGGCACUCAAAUUAAACAAGAAAGUAACACAAAACCGAGAAAUUGAAUCGUGGGCAUUCAAGUUAGUGAAGAAAGUUUCAAUUUUGAAUUGUGGGUAUUCAAUCUUUGGCCAUGCCAGGGUUGUUCGCCGUGGAAACCCCACCUCAAACACAGCCGUUUGGCGUUUUCCUCCGUGGACCGCCGCAGGAUGAGCCCUCCGACGGCGGCGAGCACCGAAACCCAUCGCCGGCGGCGAAGCGAACCAUCAAGAAAACGCUGAUCAUUGACGAGUCCUCCCUGGACAACCCGGAUCUGGGUCCGUUUCUUCUGAAGUUGGCCCGAGAUACUAUAGCUUCGGGUGACCCGAAUAAGGCACUGGAUUAUGCUAUUCGGGCAUCCAAGUCUUUUGAGCGGUGUUCGGGUUCGGGUCUGGAGCUUGCCACGUGUUCACACGUUGUUGCUGCGAUAUACAGCAGUUUGGGGCGGUUCGAUGAGGCGGUUGAGGCUUUGGAGCAGUCCAUUUUGUGGCUGGAUAUUGAAAACGGGUCGGGUCAUUCCCUGGCGAAGUUUUCCGGGUACAUGCAACUUGGGGAUACGUAUUCUAUGACUGGGCAGAUGGAUAGAUCCAUUUCGUGUUAUGAGUCGGGUUUGAAGAUCCAAAUGGAGACUCUGGGUAAGUCCGACCCGAGAGUUGCAGAAACUUGUAGGUACUUAGCUGAAGCCCAUGUUCAAGCCAUGCAAUUUGAUGAGGCAGAGAACUUUUGCAAGAAGAGUCUUGAAAUUCAUAGGGAGCAUUGCUCACCUUCUUCCCUUACAGAAGCAGCUGAUAGGCGUCUUAUGGCUCUUAUAUGUGAGGCAAAGGGAGAUUAUGAACCAGCACUUGAGCACCUUGUCCUAGCCAGCAUGUCAAUGAUUGCUAAUGGACAAGACAAUGAGGUUGCAGCUAUUGAUGUUAGCAUUGGAGAUAUUUACUUGUCACUAGGUCGUUUUGAUGAGGCUGUUUUUGCCUAUCAGAAAGCACUAACAGUGUUCAAAUCCACUAAGGGUGAAAAUCACAGUUCUGUGGCAUUAGUUUACAUUCGCCUUGCUGACCUUUACUACAAGACAGGAAAAUUAAGAGAGUCAAAAUCCUAUUGUGAAAAUGCCUUAAGAAUAUACAGCAAACCCGUGCCUGGAACAACCCAUGGAGAGAUUGCAAGUGGUUUAACUGAAAUCUCUACCAUCUAUGAAGCUCUAAAUGAGCCCGAGGACGCGCUAAAGCUCCUGAAGAAGGCGGUGAAAUUAUUGGAGGAUAUCCCUGGACAAUAUAGGACAGUAGCAGGAAUAGAAGCUCAAAUGGGAGUGAUUUUCUACAUGGUUGGGAGGUAUGUGGAUGCUUGGAAAUCUUUUGAGAAUGCUAUCACAAAGCUGAGAACCAGUGGGGAGAGGAAAUGUGCAUUUUUUGGAGUUGUGUUGAACCAGAUGGGCCUAGCAUGCGUGCAACUGUAUAAGAUAGCGGAGGCUGCAACGCAUUUUGAAGAAGCAAGAGAGAUAUUGGAGAGGGAGUGUGGAACAUAUCAUUUGGACACUCUAGGUGUCUAUAGCAAUCUUGCAGCAACUUAUGAUGCCAUGGGGAGAGUUGAAGAUGCCAUUGAGAUAUUGGAAUACAUACUCAAGAUGAGAGAAGAAAAACUUGGAACUGCAAAUCCAGAUGUUGAUGAUGAAAAGAAAAGACUAUUUGAGCUUUUGAAAGAAGCAGGAAGAGUUCGGAAUAGAAAGGGAAAAUCACUUGAAAACCUUAUAGAUUCCAAAUCCUUAAAGAUGAAGAAGGAAGGAAAAAGGAGAUGGGGUGCUUUUGGUUUCAGAACUUAAAGAGGUCUUAUCUUAAAAUAAAACAAAAAAAAUCGUUACACGAUCUCUUUUCUUUUGCAUUUUGGAGAAGUUGUGAAGGUUUUAAAACUGAAGGGGCUUCCCUGUUCCUAUAUAUUUCAAAAGUAAUUAUGGUUUCACAUAAUUUUUGGUCAUUUGAUGAAAAAAAGGGGAGAUAGGAAAGGAAAUGAGGAGUGAUGAUUGAUAUUAUGUGAAUUCUGUGAAUGAAAGUCAUGUAAAAGUUAUAUAGCUCAUUUUCUUUUUCUUUUUCUCUUGCUGAUUAUUUAUUUUUAAUAUGCUUUUUUGGUGAUGCCGGAACAUUAGAUCCUAAGUCAAUAACCCUUUGAUAGGCUUGAGAUAAGAAGACCAUGAAUAUUUGUAAUAAUAAUAAUAAAAAAGACCAUGAAUAUUCGACCUGGGAAAUAAUAA